AUGCGGUCCUCUUCCGUCAUGCGGGCGGCUCUUCUGCCGCUGGCAGCGCUCCAGCAGGGCGCAGCCGCCUACCGGUGGUUCAACUGGAACUACGAUAUCACGUCCAACACGACGGCACUCGUGCUGCCGUCCAGCGAGGCGGAGUUGUCGGCCUUUCUGGCGGCCGAGCACCCCAAGGGCUCGUUCGUCAAGGUGGUCGGCACCGGCUACGGGCUGUCGAACCUGACGACGCCCGUGGACGCGGGUACGACGUCGCUGCAGUCGUACGUGGUCAGCCUGACGAACCUGCGCAGCAUCAAGUACGCCAACGACAGCAAGACGGUGACCUUUGGGGCCGGCUGGGACCUGGUCGACCUGGUGCCGGAGCUGCUGGAGCACGGGCUGCAGCUGAAGCAGCUGGGCAGCCAGCGGGCAGAGAACUAUGUGGGCGCGAUCAGCUCGGGCACACACGGCAGCGGCACGUCGCUGCCCAACAUGGCGGCGUCGACGGUGGGCUUCCGGCUGGUGGAUGCGACAGGCUGUGUUCACGUGAUCAACAACACAACGGACCCCGACGGUGUGCGGGCGCUGCAGAUCUCGCUGGGCGCACUGGGUGCGAUCACGGAGGUGACGGUCGAGGUGCAGCCGGUGCGCUACCUUAAGCGAUCGGUGCGCACGGUGGCGACGACGAGCAACCUGACGGAGCAGUACGCCCUCAUCAAGCAGUACUCGAAGAUGGACCGGAUCAAGUUCGAGGGCCCAACGUACAGCUGGAACGCGACGAGCCUCGACUGGGACCUCGACCCGACCAUGGGCUUGCUCAUCUGGGAGGAGACAAACGUGACGGGCGUGCGCAACUGUUCCGACUUCUGUGCCAACGGCUGCGGCAACUGUGGCGGCACUGUCUGCUACGAUCUCGAGCCGUAUGCCGUCGCUGUUGCGCCGGCUGGCGUCUGCGAUCGCGGCUUCAUCCACCAGUUCGAGCACCACUUCCCGAUUGAGCACCUCGAGGAGGCCGGCAUCGCCUACACCGAGCUGCAGCGCUCCCAGACUGCCGGCCUGGCCAACCUGCCCAACAAGCAGCUCGUCUUCAACAUCCGCUUCAUCCGUGGUGACAACGCCUUCAUGUCGCCUGCCAACACGGAAAACCUGCCGGCUAACGCCAGCGGUGUCUUUGUCACCUUUGAGAUGUCCUACGUGCCCGCCUACAAUGACUUUGCCACUCUGCAGAAGUACACCGACAACCUCGCGGCCUUCAUCCCCGCGUUUGGCCAGAAGUUCAACGUCCGGCCGCACUGGAACAAGUUCGCCGGCUUCGACCUCUCCUAUGCCGAGGAGGUCUACCCCCAGGUCAACACCUGGAUGCGCUACGCAAAGACGUUUGACCCCAAGUGCCAGUUCGCCAACCCCUACCUGGUCAACCUCCUGAACAUGACUCACUGCAACGGCAUCGUCCCGACGACUGCUGCACCCUACCUGCUGUAG